AUGGCCACUGUCAUCACUCCAACAAUGCGUUCUGAGGCCAUGUUCGCUAAGCCGCUAGUCUUCGCGUUGUAUCUCCUGGAGAGGCCCAAAGAGACAGAGGAAAGGAGCAUUGGACAGCUUCUUGAUGCUCGUUGGAUUGACCGAGAUCUCGCAGGCUCGUGGAAGUCUAAAUGUACUAAUCUUCACAGGGGGCUUUGCACGGAAUUGCCCAACAAAGUACUGGCAUCUAUACGGUCUGCAUGGCUUGUGGACGUCGAUCGCCAGUGCAUCGUCCCAGCUACGGAAGACCACUCCUAUAUUGCCCUGAGCUAUGUAUGGGGUAGCCAAUCAACUUUCAACACGACCGAAAGCGGUCUCGACAACACGGCACAAAAAGCGGUAGAGAUAUCAAAGAUGGCGAUGAUUUACGCCAAUGCUUCAGUCACAUUAUUGGCUGCCGGCGGAGAGCAUGCAAACAGUGGCUUAAGCGGCUUCCGGGGCAUAUCAGAGCCCAGGCAUUUGCAUCAGACUGUUCACUCUGAAGAUGAGAAAACAAAGCUGGUAGCAACUCCUGUUUCAGAUUCAGCGGUGAGCCUGUUUGAGCCUACAGAUGGCCAUUCAAUUUGGGGAAGCCGAGGAUGGAUAUUCCAGGAGUACUUAUUUUCCAGAAGGAGGUCGGUUUUCACGGGCAACUCUCUCCGCUGGGAGUGUAAGUCCGCCGUGUGGCGUGAACACGUCAAGCUGCCUCCAAUUUUCGACUCAACUCAGUCAAGAGUCAUUCCGUGCAGUUUUAUCAUGGAACGUUCUGUUCCAAACUUGAGCCUUUUCCGCAGCUUUUUGACUGACUAUAACCAAAGACAAUUCACUCAUCCAGAAGACUGCCUUGAUGGUUUUGCGGGAAUAUCGUUGCUGUUAAGCACCAAACUGAGUGGUGGCUUUGCAUCUGGUCUCCCAACUGCGUUCUUUGAUCUAGUCCUGUCAUGGGAGCCUGGAAGUCAAUUAAGCCGCAGGGUUGCCAGGAAUUCUUCGAGAGCGAAUGAGUUGCCUAGUUGGAGCUGGGCAGGAUGGUCUAGCGACAUUCGUUUUGGUCAUGAAUCCUGUGACUUCAUUAGAACAGGGAGAUAUGAAUGGGAACAUCGCAAUACUCGAGGCACGAUACGAACUCGGUUUUGGAAACUUCACGGGGCGCCGAACUCUGUUGGCACGUCGAUUCGCGCCAGCAUCUUCGAUUGUAAAGACGAGCUGAAGUCUGGAUACUUCGACCACGACAAGGGCUGGUCAAGACACAAGAUCCCGGAGGGUUCACAGCCGGAUUCAUACUAUCCGAGCUCCACUCUCCGUACGCACUUCUACACGCACCAAACGUAUCCUUCUUAUGAGUUUCGGUACCCCAUUCCACUCAUGCAGCCAGAGGAAGUGGUGCCGGCAGUGUUUUCGCCAUAUAUAUCAACCACAAGUCAGCGGGCAUGGUUUGCCUGUGAUGGAGAGCCUUGGAUGACAGGGAAACAACAUCUAUUAUUCAUUCUUCGCAAACGCGAUGGGACCUGGGCAGGAGUCAUGCAGCCCCAUGACGGGCUUGAUAUGUCAGGUCUAGCGUUACAAAACCCCAAUGAAGCUGUUGAGCUGGUGGAAAUUGCAGCAGGAUUUUGUUCGGAAAGCGAAUGGUCAGGCGUCUAUGAGGUGUAUCAUCAAGAGCACCCCAGGGCAAGCCAUUGGUAUGAAUACUUUAAUGUCUUGCGGGUGAAAUGGGCCGAUGGGAUUGCAUAUCGCAGAGGAAUAGGCCGUAUUCAUAAAGUCUGCUGGGAGGCACAGAGAGGAGAAUCAUUUGAGCUUAUACUAGGUUAG